AAGGGGGCGGCACGUGGGGGGUGGCUAGGAAGACCCUCCCCGCGCCGACUUCGCUCUGUCACACUCGUGCCAGAGCCCAGAGGGAGACUUGCUGAGUCAUCAGCAUGAGGUCACUCGAUGCUUGUCCUGAUGCCUGGGGGGAUUUGAGCGAGGGGCUCGAGAGGCUGGAAGCGAGAGGUGAGAGCUAAACCAGGGAGUGGGAAGGGGCUAGGCCCCAGGCUGGGGUGCCUGCUUAAGUUCGGGCUGAUGUGCGUGUUGAAGGUUUGGGGGGUGAGUAAAUGGAGGGACCGCUAUUCUUAUUAUUCUGGGGUAGAGGGUGAAGACCCUGGUCCGUCCAUCCCCUCCCCGGCAGGCUUUUCUCAGGCUGCUGGUCCCUGACCCGCGUCUGGGACAGUUCCCCAAACUGGGAAAUAGUUCUCUGAGUGAGAAGAGGGAGGAGCUUAGGGGGGCUGUGCUUGCGGGCUGGGAAGCCGGCUUUCCUUAUGACUGGUCUGGUUGGCCAGGCUGGGCAGCCUCUGGGCGGGGAAGAUGGGGAGACAGUGGGAGAAAGAGGGGUGCCUGUACCCGGUUUCUGGGUAACAGUGGACAGGGCAGGGGGCAUGUAGGUGCAGCUCUACCAGGAAAUUGCCAAUGAGAGGAAGCAGCAGGACUUAGACUUCAGGGGAGUUGGUGUCUGGUGAGCAGGCCCUGCCUCUCUUCACAGCCCGCCGUGGGGUCUGGCUCGAGGCUGUGGGUGGCGGUAGCUUGGAGGGCACCCACCUUCAGGGCACUGGACUGGGGUGGACGGCAUGGGCUGAAGAAUCUCAGUCACCCCGGAUUGUUCUGGUUGGGCUCAGGGUUGUGCAGCUUAACAAAGAAGGUGGUCCUGAUGGGGUGGUGGUGGGGACUCCUGGGGAGGGAACUCCAGCCUGAGGGUCGUGUGGCCUGAGCCACCUUCCUAAGUGAAUGGGUGGUUCCUGGUCUCCAGGGGCGGGGGUGGGAGUGGGGGUCUUUCCUCUAGACCAGAGCUGAUCCUUUUGCCCAGGGGUUCAAGGCUAGGUAAGGCUGACCUUGUGCUUUGUCCUCAGGCAUUACUUCCGCUCCCCUUCACCCCAGCCCUGGGCAUACAGAUGCCAGCUGAUCUUUUUUUUUUUUUUUUUUUUCCUGGCCACAGCAUGCAGUGGCUUGAAGUGGGAUCUCAAUUCCCAGAAAAGGGAUGGAACCCAGGCCGCAGCAGUAAAAGUGCCGAGUGCUAAGCACCAGACCACCAGGGAACUCCCACCAGCUGAUCUUUUGGCUGGAGUUUUAUGAAAAUGCAGAUUCCUAGAGUGGUAUUUCUUUAAAUCUUCUCAGCUACUUGCGUUUGGUGGGAAUGAAGUUUGAGACACUUUUCAGAGGGCUUCUGGGGAAAUGGGUCCGAAGGGCAGGGUGAGUGUAGCGGGCUGGGGGGGGUGCCAGGAUGACCGGGGCCACGCCUGCCGGGGAGGUUUGGCCACUGCGGUUUGUAGGACAGGAGAAGCAGGAGCGAGCUGGCCUCCUGCCCAGUGUCCAUGCCCUGGAGUUUGAGCCCAGGGGAGGGGGAGGGGGCCCUCUCUCCUUCCUGGCCGGCUCUCAGCUUGAGUGGCUAGGCCUGGGUACCUUGGUGGGUAUGCACUCUGGGGACCACCCCUGCCUCCUCCCCGAAGUGGGCUCAGCCUCUGGGGGAGCAGAGGCAGGAGGAGGGCUGCAGGGAGGCAGCGUCUCCUUGAAACGGCCUCGGGGAUCCCCUUCCUCCGGCUUCUAGAGGUGCCCUGAGACCUCGGUCCCAACCCAGGCCCACAGGGUGUCUCGUCCUGGAACUGUGAGGCCCCAGGUAGCGGAGACCAGGCCAGGAGGCCGGAAGGCAGGCCUCGCCGAGACCCCCUCCCCCAGCCGAGCGCGCACACCUUUGAUUAGGAGGCGAUUGGCUGCACUUGUGCUGAGUUCAGGGCUUCUGCGCCGGGAAAUCUGUCGAGGAGGCACUUUUCGGCUCCCAGCCGCCACGCUCGGCACUUUUCUGGGUGAUUCUUCAGGAAGUCACCGUGGGCUCAGCAUUCAAGUCUGGAGGGAAGGGGGUGGAUGAGAAAAGCUGGUGCCGAGGCUUUUCCUUCGGGCUGACAGUCGUAGGGCCAGUGCGGUGACCUGGUACCGGGGCCGGAGGCUGGGGGUGCCCCUCUGACUGUGUCUUGCGGGCCUGGCUCCCAGCGUAGGCGUGGGGACCUCUGGCCUCCAGCUCCUCUACCCCUGGUAGGACAGCGGGGCUGGGGCCUCUGGCCUCCCGUCUGCAGCCUCCUGGCUCAGGGCCGGGUGAGGAGCUGUCUCUACCCUGGGUGAGCGUGUGCCUCCACCUCCCAGCCCACCCUGCCGCCCCACGUUGCCUGGAGGGCUGGUGGCUUCUGCAGGAGGGCGCUGCCGUCCUUGUUUGCCCCCAUUUACCUCCCUGCAUCUAACCUGGAAGUCACAGAGGGAGUGGGGGGCCGAGGGGGCCGACUGAGCCGGGAAUCCCAGCACUAGAGUGCCUGCUUGCUGCGCCCCCCGGGUUAUGACGACCCCCAAUAAAGGAAACAAAGCCUUGAAGGUGAAGCGGGAGCCAGGCGAGAAUGGCACCAGCCUGACGGACGAGGAGCUGGUGACCAUGUCCGUGCGGGAGCUGAACCAGCACCUGCGGGGCCUGUCCAAGGAGGAGAUCAUCCAGCUGAAGCAGCGCCGGCGCACGCUCAAGAACCGCGGCUACGCCGCCAGCUGCCGCGUGAAGCGGGUGACCCAGAAGGAGGAGCUGGAGAAGCAGAAGGCGGAGCUGCAGCAGGAGGUGGAGAAGCUGGCCUCCGAGAACGCCAGCAUGAAGCUGGAGCUCGACGCCCUGCGCUCCAAGUACGAGGCCCUGCAGAACUUCGCCAGGACGGUGGCCCGAAGCCCCGUGGCACCGGCGCGGGGCCCCCUUGCUGCCAGCUUGGGGCCCCUCGUCCCCGGCAAGGUGGCCGCCACCAGCGUCAUCACAAUAGUCAAGUCCAAGACGGACGCCCGGUCGUAGGGACGUGCUCAGCCCGGCGGGUCUGCAAGGGGCCAGUAGGCGCGUGGCAGAUUCGGCAGCCCCGUCCCCUUCCUCCUCCCCCGCUCCCUCCUCUUGGCCCUCCGCCUCCUCCCUUCUCUCCUCCCUUCCCUGCAAAGCACAACCUGCAGCCCAGGGGCGCCGGGCUGAGCCCCUUUGAUCUCGUCGUUGUCAUCGUGUGUUUUGUACGUUGGGAUUGGUCAGUUCGGCGGUGACGUGGGCGGCCCCGCCCCCUCGGUACCUCGGGCAGGUGGGCUCGGCGUCCAGAGAGGGCCUGGGGGCCUGGACGGAGCGAAAGAUGGAGCCAGUGCUCUGGGGCAAGUGUGGCCCCGAGCGGGGAGGGCUUCAGGGCAGGAGGGGCUGCUCUCCAUUACAGAGGGGGCCCCCGGGGGCCCCGACGGCGCGGGGCAGGCAGGGCGGGUCCCUCUCAGCCCGGCCAUUGCCGGCGCUGGGGGGGCCUGGGGCGUCGUGUGGCUGCGGGCCAGGGGCCUUGGGCUCCUGCCUGAGGCGUUGCACUGAACAAGACCAAAUCACUGGUUGUGAGCGUCCGUGAAGGGUGUGUCCAGUGUCCUGCAGUGGGUCCCCUGUCACUGUUUACAUGACCUAUUUGUGUGGUUACAUAGCCCUUUAUUUAAGAGAGAGAAGUUCCUUUUACGAAGUUAUUAAAUUAUAUGUUUAAAAGCUACAGAAGAAAAAAAGCUGCAGAGUAUUUAUAAAAUUGUCUUUUUAAAAAAAAAAAAAAUCAAGCCAGAACGUUUGACCAUAGGCACGGAAAAGGGAAGAAAGCAUAAUAGAAACUUUGCUAGUUUAGAAAAAAGAGAAAAAAAAUCAACAAAAAAAAGUCCCUUUCUUGUAAACUUACGGACAAGUCUUUGUGGCUGUUGGAGUUUAGUUUUUAUAUACACAGAGUUAUCAGACGUUAUUUAUAAAACUUAGUUUAAAAAAAAAAAAAAAAAAGAGCCGAGCCGCGAGCGACCCGAAGGCGCGUCCUCACACGUCCUCUUUGCUGUCUCUCUUGCAAUUGUACCGAAAGUGACUUACUCCUCUGCCCUUCCUGCUUCCGUCUCUGCCGGUGCCGUGGUGUCGUGCGUGCCUGGUGCGGUCUUGUGCAGCGUCACGUGCUGGUGCUUCUGGUGACCUUUGACCUGUGGGUGUCCCUUCUUGUGUCUCUUCUCCCGUGUUCGUUUUUUGGAUUGGGUUGUGGUUUGGCUUCCGCUGGCUUGUCAGGCUCGGGCUGGGGUGCCGGCUUGUGCCUGCCGCACGGAGCGUGGGGUCCGGGCCCGGCCUCUUCUGCUUUGGCGCCCACCCCAAGCCCCAGGGGGGUCAGGUGCGGGGGCUCUGCCACCCCCACCCCACCCCCACCCCCCGGCUGACCCUUGGCUUCGCGUGUGUGUCUUGGGCUUGGGCUGAUCCAGCGGCAGGGGAGUUGAAACUGGGGGCCGUCCGGGCCUCCCCCCUGCCCCCCGCCGCUGCUUCCUUGCUCACCGCCUCUGGCCCUGGGUGGAGGCUUUGCGGGGAUCAGGGAGUCACUGUGCGUGUCGGCGGAGUCAGGGCCAAGCGUGUCUUCCUUCUGGCCUCCGUUCGGCCUGUUCAGGCUCCAGCCGCUGACCCAAGGUGUGUUCCUGUGGGUUUCAUGUGAGCCUCAGCAGGGGAACCCCAGGGGCCCCUGCCGUCUCUUCCCAGAGCUAUUCCCAUGCUGCGGGGCGGUGCUUUCCAGGCAGAACCAGGUGGUUUGGGGGCCCACCUGGGGCAGCCCCUUCUCCUUGCCUGAGGGCCUGGGGGUCCCCACUAGUGCCAGACAAGGGCUCCGGUCUCCAGGGCCAGGUCCUGUCCCUCUCCCCGAGAACAUGCCGGCAGCUCUCGGCUUUGGGCCUUCUUCCACCUCUUUGGGAUCUGUGUCUUCCAGGCACCCGCCGCUUGGCUUUGGAGGUGCUUCUCCGGGCUGAUCCUGCCUCCCCAUCCUGGCUCCACGGCGAGGCAGCCAGGCUCCCAGACGUGGUUCGGGCAGCCACUCGUAGGCACGUGAUGGGGCCGCUGGCGGUGCGGCGUCUGCCCCCAAGAGGCUGCUGCCCUGGCUCUGGCCACGUGGGGCUUGGCCACUCCUUGGGGUCACUGGUUGGCUUGUCUGGGGGCUCUGAACCCCUGAAAAAGCACAGCAGCGGGCUGGUGGAAAGACAAACCAUGCAGCCUGGAAGGGCUUAACCUCGUGGACAGCAGACUCUUCGUCCCAGAGUUUGACCCAGUGCGCCCGUGGGACAGGAGGAAGGAUGUGCUCGCAGCUUGUGGCGUCUGGACGGGCUGCUCUUGGCCCUGGACACGCUGUACCCAGGUUGGCCUGCAAUGGAGGUUUUGGUUGUUGACCCUGAAUCACUUAGUGGCUUCCUUGGCCUCCCUGCAGUCUGGCUUCGUCUACUGAGGGCCUGGGCAAGAGUGGUUCAUGUUGGUUGUAGCAGCAACCAACUGGAAUCACGUUGUAAGAAUCCCUAAAGCGAGGCCAGGCUAUGCCCUGUGCUGGACGGGGCAGGCGGGGCGGGGAGAGGCUUUCCCUUGCCGAGUGUGGGCCUCACCCUUGUCCUGCCUGCGCGGUGGUCGUCCAUCUCUGUGCACCCCUGCUGGGCUCUAGACCUGGAGAGAGGAGGGUUGGGGCGUGGGCGUAGGUGGACCAGAAAUCGCACGUCCUUGGUUUGGUUCACAGAAGCUUCUGGAGUUAGGGAGGCUCUGCUUCCUUUGGAGGUUUUGGAAUUUGGAGCAACUGUUUCUUGGGUCUCGGGGAGCAUCCUGCCUCCACCAAGCCAGCCUCGGGGCCGCUCGGCCCCUUCUCUCCCUGCCCUUGGUUCUUGACAGUAGAUCCUCUGUCCGUGUGUGACUGGUCGGUGUCUUUCUGGUUCUCGUUAAUUCAGUUUUCCUACUGUAAGCGUGUUGUGUUCUCUUUCUCUCCUCGACUUUUUGACGCAGCGAUUGAGGGCUUUGGCCGAGGCCGAGUCUCCCCACCUUGUCCGCUAAGUGAGCUGUAUCGUGCACCUUCCUUCACGCCUUUUGCCCUCGCCCAGCUCCUUCCUUCUCCCGACAUGGACAUUCAGACUUGCAAGGAGAACCCUUGGGGAACAGGUCCUCUCCUGUCCCCAGCGUGGCCCCAGGGAGCCCACCCCAUGGCCCCUGGCUGCUGCUCCAGGCGGCGUGGCGUUUAUGCGGGCAAGAAGCUGCAGCUGCUCCGCGGCUGUGUGGCGGGCUGGUUGCUGCUGUGUGCGGGUCUCUCCGGAGGCUUUUCUACUCUUGGUCUGUGCCUCAGGUCUGGGCACAACCCUGACCGUCAGCAGCGGCCUUGAUAGUUGGUGCCCAGGCCCAUGGCUCUGAUCAGCUGCAGCGUGCUUUGGGACAGGUGGACAAACUCCACGCAGUCCCUGCCGCCUCCCCCCUCUGGGGUCGAGAGUUGGCCAAAGCUCCAGUCCACAGCUGGAAGCCACAGCCUGCAGCACUGUUUCCGCUCUGGGAUCUUGUAAGUUACUUUUUUAGGCUGUGGUUUGGUGAAAGGAACCAACCCAUUAACGAUUUUUUUCCCCAGAAGCCACCGAAUAAUUCUUUUUGGCGCGUUUUCACCUUCCUCUUGGCUGUCUGGUUUUGGAGCAGAUGGGAAGAGGCAGGGGUGUGCCCUGGAGACGGAUGGCCUGCCCUGCUCUGGCCUGUGUGUCCUGAGCAUGUGCUCUACCUGUUGGGUCAGUUGCAUAUGUUUCCACCCCACCCUGGAGCAGCAGCCUUGGUACCGGGGUGUCCUUGGCGGGAGUCUGAGCUGGCGUGUAGGAGAGCCUGUCCGAGAUGAGUUGUGAGGGAGAUGCCUCUCAUGGCCUCGUGUCCCAGCCCCACCCUUCUCCCCAUCCCCUCAAUCUGCUAGUCCCUGAAGCCUUUAACCAAACGGGAGUGGGUAAAGAAAGCCUUCUCCUGGCAUCUUAGGGCGGCAGGACAAGGGCUGUCCAGUGUGUCCAGCUCUGCUGCUCUCCCGACGCAGCGAGGGUGGGCCAAGCAGAGUUGAUCAGCCCCUGCCUGCUCUGCUGAAGGCUGCGGACAGGAGGGGGUGGGGGUACCCUGGGGUCUGCGGGGGGCGGGCGGGGGUUGUUGAAGAUCCAGGUGAGGAGGGGCCUCGCUGGGGCACCCGGGCUGACCUGGGGCGGAGCGGCCUCGCGCCGUCCCUGCCCUGUGCAGUAUUUAUUGCUAAAUUAUUGUCCAGGAGGGGCGGCACUGGGCCGGGCCCUGGGUAUUUAUUGCUGUACAUAGUGUAUGUUUGUGAUAUAUAAGGUUUUCUUUAUUUUGUAUAUGAUCAAUAAACACCUUUUAAACAGA